GUGGGAGCAAGGGCUUCUAGAGAACGGAGGCACACUGCCCACGCGGGUCAGUCUCGGCCCUUUCACCUGUCCUGAAGCGUUCUCAACAAUGAAAUCAUCCGUCAAAGAUGCUUCCAGCACGUUGGUAAUGUGCUGUCCCUCGUGAGUUUUCAUCUCGUGUUAUUUCACUACCUGAGUAUAGCGUGCUAAUUGUCCUUAGACAAUAUUACAUCGGCGACGGGAACACUGCCUUGAUCGACGGGAAUUGUGAGUCGGACGUCUCGUCCGGUAUGGUCUUGACGUACGCUUCGACCCCGUCCGGCGAAGCCACCUCAUGGAGAAUCGCGACGACUACAUUAACGCGGAGCUGGACUGUCGGUGCGAUUGCUGUGGUCGGAUGGAACAUUCGCUAUGAUGCCGUAACUCUUACAGCCACUGCCACCACCACGGUAGCUUCGAUAACCACUGCACCGGAGCUUCCAUCGAGUAUCACUUCCUCCACGGACACCCGCACCCUCCCCACGGGCAUCAAGGUCGGAAUUGGGGUCGGAGCAGGAUUGGGUGUGUUGGGUAUACUCGCUCUUCUGGCUGCUUUGUGCAUCUUUCGUCGUCGCAAAAGGCAGAAAGCGACCACCAAGACUGUUUCGGUGUUGUAUCAUGAGCAGAGACCGGGUUCUGGAAGAGAUUGGCGGCGGACUCAGUGGCCUGUUGAGCUUGAUGGAACUAGGGGCGCAGCUGGAAAAGGAUAUAGGUAUCCCGCCGAGCUCGAUGGGUCGAAACAACUGCCUCAGAAAGGGAACAUGUCGCCGGUGGAGUUGAUGGGGUAAUGUUUGCCGACCUUAUGUGAACCGUGAAUACGUUGAACGAGUCGCCUGUUUGGUCCUUUGAAACUCUCGUAACUCUGUAUGGCUCAAGCCACGGUAGCAUUGUACGACGACGCGGAAGCAUCCCCUUCGGCCAGCCAACGCAAUGAAAGAUUUAAGCGGCAGUAUCACCACCUGAUACAAUAGAUGAACUUGUUCAUCCUGAAGAUGAUCUGCGACGCGGUUGUGGGCUGUCGAGUUGAAUUUUG